AUGCAAGUGGCACCCUUGAGUGAGACGGCCACGUAUAACUUAGGUACAUCACAAAUCGAUGAUUUUACUAUUAUUCAUUCCGGUACUCCUAGUGGUAAUAAGACAAGAUCGACUUAUGGAGUAGCGGUGUGUUUGAACAAGGAAGCGACGGAUAUAUGGAAAGAUUCUGGAUCAGAAUGGGAAGCGAUUAAUGAUCGAAUAAUCAUUGUUCGUCUUGGAUGUAAGCCUAUCAAUAUAACUGUGAUAGCAGUCUAUGUAUCGGUACAUCCGUCAAAUGGUCAAAAAUCCAAAUAG